AUGUCGUGCACGAGGAACACGGUGGUGCUGGUGGCCGUGGGACUAUUGCUGACUUACGUGCCGUUUCAGGCGAUGGGCGCCACCAGCAGCUUGCAGGCAGCUUCAGCCAAGAACAAGACCAAACUGGCGGUGUGCGCACCCGUCAAGGCCCUGACCAAGUCGUGCUCCUCCAAGGCUGGCCCGACGGCCCUCAUGGACCAGCUGUGCAGCGAGCUACUGGCACCCGCCAAGGCAACGGCUGACAGCAAGGACCCCUCCAAGCUUCACUACGGGUGCGGCGUGGCCACGGCCGCCCAGGUUGACAAGCUGUCCAGCGGCCUGGCAGCACUCGAGCCGCGGGUCGCCGCCGCCGCCGCCCAGGCAAGCUCCUCGCAGGCCACCCUGGCGCAGGGGCAGAACCAGACGGCCGAGCUGAGUGCCGGAGUGAACGCGCUGAGGGCGGCAGUGGCUGCGCUGGCGGCGCAGGUUGCCAGUGUGCAGCAGCAGCAGCUGGCUGGUGCCGCCAACACCAGCGACAUCACCCAGAAGAUCGCCGCCCUCAGCGCUACCAGGGCGCAGACCGCACAGCAGCUGGCGUCGCUCGCGGCUGCGAACCAGACCGUGGCCCAGGGCAUCGCGGAGGUCAAAGCCGCCUCGCAGCAGUGCACCUGCGGCGCGGAGCUUGCGGUCGUCAACGCCACCACGGCGGCCGUCCAGUCCGCCCAAGCUGCGGGCGUGGCGGCCAUCUCGUCGGUUAACGCGACCGCGGAGUCCGCGAAGGCCGCGGUCGCCACGGGCUCAGCUGCCAUCGCGUCAGUCAACGCCAGCAUCGCCACCCUGGCUGCCAACCUGCCCACCAUCAACGUGACCGGCCUGGUCACAUUAAGCGCCCUGAGCAGCAUCGACGCGGCCACGCUCAACGGCGUGCCUGCCGCGCAGUACCUGCGCGCGCGGAUUGUCCUUUACUCCGCGUCCUCCACGACGACGUUCACAGCCAACCUGGGCGGCCGCUCCGGCGCCGACGCCAAGUGCGUCGCCCCGACCUCCACCGGCCAGCCGGCCGGCCUCGUGCGGGUGCGCGCGUUCCUGUCUGUCAGCGCCACCGACCAGAUCGCGGACUUCCCGACACUCUACGGGGUCCCCACCGGCCUGCCGAUCCAGACCGCAAGCGGCCAGGUCCUGGCGAGCAACUUCUCGACCCUGCUGCGCGGCUCCAUCCCUGUCUCCUUGGACGCCGCGGGGGUGCUGCCGUUCGCGAGCACUUGGUGGACUGGCAGCAACGCGGACGGCUCUGUCUCCACAGCAACUGGCCUUGCGAACACAUGCAUCGGUUGGACUGAUGCGGGAUCCAACCCAAACGGCCAAGCAGGAAGGUCGGGGACGACUGGCUCCGCCUGGAUUUCCUUUAGCGCCCUGCCGUGCGGGUUGCAAGUGUACGUGCUGUGCCUUGCCUUCUAG